CCAACACUGCAAACGGAUCUCAAAUUGAAUCAAGUGUGUUGGAAGGAGUACAAAACCCUGCCUUUCGUCCGUCUUCUUCUCCAAAUCGGCGAAGCAGACCUCUCCCCUGUCUUUCUUCUCGAUCGAGACCACAGUCGCAGAGCCGAAUUGGACCCCCUUCCGGCGACGAGCGCAGAGGUAGCGUGGACGGCGAACUCGGUCAUCUCCUUCUUCUCCGGCGAGCAGCAAGAGCAACGACCGGAAGGCUCCUUUCGGCGUUGACCUCAGCCAGCGGCGAAGAUGAACCGGCAAUCCUCCGGAGCGGGGACCCAGCGCAUCAACCCGGUGAGACGCAAAGCAGUUUCCCGAGGGCCACUCCGAUUUUGCGAGGCAGGGAUGGCCGCGACAGGUCAAUACUCUGGCGAGGGUACGGCGGCAAGUCUGGUCAGGUCAACUCCGGUGGUCUUCUUGAACAACGUUGACCCAGGGCAGCGGCAAGGGCGACUGGCAGCAGCAAUGUAGCUUGGGCCAUGGCGAGAAGUAUGGGCAGCCGUACCAAUUUGGGCAGUGUGGCUCGUUUUCCUGGGGAUAACUUCCGAGUGAAGUUCUUUUGAUUCAAUCGAACCAAAUCAAGGUGAGUACGUGCACAUCUAACACUAGAAUAUGCAUAUUGAAAUUCCGUUCAUGAUUGUUAUCGUGGUUGAUUUAUGUGAUUU